AUGGAGGACAAACCCAAGGAUGAUAACGCCGCGAAGGGACAGGAAUCGAUGUCCUAUCAACGGAGGAUGUGGAAGAAUUUCCAAGAAAAAACCAAACCGUUUUUGAGCCCCAAAUUGGGCUCUGAGCGUCGCAAUCCCGACAGUAAAAAGGAGACGGGGUUAUGGAUGUUUAAAAGGAAAAAGAAACAGUUGGACCGUGUCUUCUCGUCCUCACAGCCCAAUCUCUGCUCCUCUACCCCGUCGACUUUCCCAGGCGACCUGUCCCUCAGCGGUACAGCGGAUCCUGGGAACAGCAGCACGGGGCAACCUAUGCAACAGCUGCUGGGGGCCGAUGGAGUGUCGGCAAGCAAGCCAGAGCUAACGGGACACGGGAGCCCGAAGCUCAUCGCCUCCCAUUUAAUCAUGUCCCAUCAGAUGAGCUCCUCUCUCGGCUCUGCAUGCUUCGAGAAGCUGGUAGUAAAAUCUGCGGUCGUUGGAGAGGAGGAACAGCUCCGCAAAAACGCCAGUGAUUCUGUGAGUAACCUGAAAGUAAACAAACGUGCCACACGUCUCCAAAAGCAAACAUUUAUGAUAUAUGUGAAUACAUAUUAACAAGCGGUUUAUACAUUUUAAGAAAAUGGAAGAGGCAGUAGGAGUGGCAGUUUAGGGUAUGCUCGACUUUCAAUUUUGUGUCACCGUGAAAGUUACUUGAUGUCCAUAAAUUGCCUUCAAAUCCCAUCUCAUUACUACACUUACACAAAAUCUCAAUAACAGUAGACCUACAAAUUCACUGUCUGUAGCUAUGGGGGAGCAGGGUUUGAACCAGAAACCCUGCAAAACAAGACAAGUGUGCACUACCCCCUGUGCCAUAAAGGUCCAGACCUCUGGGCAAAGCCUGUAGUAGGAAACAUCUCAAUUGUAAUACCAAGCUUAUUAAAUAUAUAUUUUUAAUGUUCUACAUGGGAUGCAAAGGGACCCAAAAUAAGUGCCACUGAAGUUGACAUGUUUUGUCUGCAAAACAGCCUGCAGUGUAAAGAAAACAACUUUAACACUUCAAAUAUACAGGAGGAGUUUAAAUACUGCAGUUCAUGACUGUCACAUAAAUAAGUUAUAGUCAUUGCACAGAAUGUUACCUGAAAUAUUUUACUUCAAACCAAUUGAUGGGAAGUUGUUUUUGUGCAUGAGGCAACAGAGCUAAUCUUUGGAGGGUAGCUAUCAGGGGUGAAAUUUCAACUAAACCUAUGGUAUUCCCCCCCCCCCCCCCCCCCCCCCCUACAAUGAUUCUUUAUAAUGUUCAAGCUCAUUUACAGCAUUUCUACACAAUUUAAAAACUCUACAAUGCAAUUUGGAGAACAGGCAAAAUGUACUCCAGUCAUUAUCACCUUGGCUGCUGUAGCUUCAUUCACCUCAGUCAAUAGGGGACUUAAAGCCAGAUUCAGUAAGUCUCAUUUACAGUACCAGUCAAAAGUUUGGACACACCUACUCAUUCAAGGGUUUUUCUUAAUUUUUACUAUUUUCUACAAUGUAGAAUAAUAGUGAAGACAUAACACUUUGAAAUAACACAUAUGGAAUCAUGUAGUAACCAAAAAAGUGUUAAACAAAUCAAAAUAUAUUUUAUAUUUGAGAUUCUUCAAAGUAGCCACCCUUUGCCUUGAUGACAGCUUUGCACACUCUUGGUAUUCUCUCUCAACAGCAAUUAACAGGUGUGCCUUUGUGGAAUUUAUUUCCUUCUUAAUGCAUUUGAGCCAAUCAGUUGUGUUGUGACAAGGUAGGGGUGGUAUACAGAAGAUAGCCCUAUUUGGUAAAAGACCAAGUCCAAAAACCAUCGCAAAAGCAAUCAAGCGCUAUGAUGAAACUGGCUUGAUGAGGACCGCCACAGGAAAGGAAGACCCAGCGUUACCUCUGCUGCAGAGGAUAAGUUCACUAGAGUUAACUGCACCUCAGAUUGCAGCCCAAAUAAAUGCUUCACAGAGUUCAGGUAACAGACACAUCUCAACAUCCACUGUUCAGAGGAGACUGCGUGAAUCAGGCCUUCAUGGUCGAAUUGCUGCAAAGAAACCACUACUAAAGGACACCAAUAAGAAGGAGAGACUUGCUUGGGCCAAGAAACACAAGCAAUAGACAUUAGACCGGUGGAAAUCUGUCCUUUGGUCUGAUGAGUCCAAAUGUGAGAUUUUUGGUUCCAACCGCCGUGUCUUUGUGAGACGCAGAGUAGGUGAACGAUGAUCUCUGCAUGUGAGGUUCCCACUAUGAAGCAUGGAGGAGGAGUGACACUGUCAGUGAUUUAUUUAGAAUUGAAGGCACACUUAACCAGCAUGGUUACCACAGCAUUCUGCAGCGAUACGCCAUCCCAUCCAGUUUGCGGUUAGUGGGACUAUCAUUUGUUUUUCAACAGGACAAUGACCCAAAACACACCUCCAGGCUGUGUAAGGGCUAUUUUACCAUGAAGGAAAGUGAAGGAGUGCUGCAUCAGCUGACCUGGCCUCCACAAUCCCACGACCUCAACCCAAUUGAGAUGGUUUGGGAUGUGUUGGACCGCAGAGUGAAGGAAAAGAAGCCAACAGUGCUCAGCAUAUGUGGGAACUUCUUCAAGACUGUUGGAAAAGCAUUCCUCAUGAAGCUGGUUGAGAGAAUGCCAAGGGUGUGCAAAGCUGUCAUCAAGGCAAAUGGUGGCUACUUUGAAGAAUCUCAAAUAUAAAAUAUAUUUUGAUUUGUUUAACACUUUUUUGGUUACUACAUGAUUCCAUAUGUGUUAUUUCAUAGUUUUGAUGUCUUCACUAUUAUUCUACAAUGUAGAAAAUAGUAAAAAUAAAGAAAAACCCUUGAAUGAGUAGGUGUGUCCAAACUUUUGACUGGUACUGUACAUCAUUUGUGUUUAUGAAAUAUCAAACUGUCGGGGCGAGAAAACAAACCCAGGCACAAUACCAGUUUUUAUUCAGAAGCUCAAAGUAGCAACAUCAAAGCAACUUUGUAAUAACAGACCUGCCAGUGUUUUCAAAUCUGUGCCCCUGCGCAUCAUCAGUUGUCGCACACAGACAGACGCACAGACGGACUGACAGCCAGGAGCCAAUAUUAUUAACCGUUAUGACAUGCAUUUGUCAGCUAAAUUACACUUUUAUUCUGUAUCACUCAACUCUCAUUUAUAAUGAGUCUCGUUUGUAAUGAGAGGGAUAUAACUAGAUAUAUGUAUUGUUGAUGUGUUGCUGUAGUCGUGGAUGGAUCAAUGAAACAGAUAGAAAGUGUGCGAGAUACAUUAUCAAUAGGCCUUUUGCGUCAUAACUACCUGGAGAAAAUCUGACCAGUACAUUUGUAAACAACCUUCAUUUUUAUCACUUUGAAGUGACCCAAAUGGCAAAUUAGUAUUUUAUCUAUACAUUUCGAGAUAUAUAAAACCAGAAAAAAAAGUGUCAUUUUAUUUGGGACUUACUGAGUCAGGCUUUAACAUUCACACACGUGUCAUACAGCAAUUAGAUGCUACGCACCAGCUCAGCACGGGGAUUAACAAACUAGUUUAGUUCCAUGUCAAGUCAAACAGCAGUUACCUUGCCAUCUACACAGCUAUAUUCCACCUCGGCACUGUUCUGAGAGAAAAGUCAUGCUGUUCACUCUUCAAUGCAGCUGCCUCGACGCGCUGCCCAGAGGCGUCCGUAUGGUCCUAAAACAUUCUCUCUUCUACCGCUAAACACGGCUCUCAGCUAUCAGCAUGGUCCUAAAGCCAGCCCCUAGUAUUGCUAAACUGCAUUUCCCUUUUAAUCGGGAUUGGAAUGAUUUUAUUAGCCUAUUUUAAAUUGUUGGUGUUGAGCUAGGGUAUGGCGAAUGCCAUACUCUGCCAUACCCAAUGGACGCCCCUGGUAGCCAUCUUACGCUUACAUGGUAUAAGAUUUUUUCAAACCUUGCUGUAGUCGAGAUCCAUUCAGCCUUCAGUACUUCUAGAUAAACUAAAUCAGUUGACUCCCACUCCUUCACCAGUGUUUCUGGCUUUAGCCUCCACAGUACAACAGCUCUGUCUGACAUCCAGGUGCUUGUGUAAGCAAUUUGGCACACAUACUUACUCAAGUGCAUUUUUCCCCUGUGCCAAGGACCUCUUAUCCAUUUAAUAUUUGAGACACUUGCAUUCAGGUGACAGGGUGAAGGGUACUUCAAGAAAAAUGAUCUGAACUUGACAAUAGUGUACACUAUGGCCCCUUUACCAGAGAUAGACUGUAUAACCAGGGUUGCCAAAUAAGCUGUCAGCAGCUAGAGGCAAUAAUGUUAGGACUAGAAUUACUUUGAAUACAUUUCUGUUAUUUCACUCUAUUUUAUAUGAUAGAGUGUUUGUGUGUGUGUGUGUGUGUGUGUGUGUGUGUGUGUGUGUGUGUGUGUGUGUGUGUGUGUGUGAGCUCAGGAUUAAGCCUACACUUUCUAAAUUAAAUGAGAGUUUAUGGGAAAUAACAAGCCACUCCAUUAAAUGCUCAUAAUUUCACAAUGCAAUUUGGAGAGUGAGCGGUGGUGAUUAAUUGUAACUUCUGAGAGUCAGUUAAACAUUUAUUCAGUGAAAAGGGCAUAAAACAGGACAUUCUAGGAUGUCCUAGUUUGUUAACUAGUAACUACACAGUGUAUAUUGUCAAUUGGGUUUUGGAACUGGGUGUAUGUCAUAGAAAACGCAGCGAUGGGUGUCAUUGUCAAUCUUGACAGGUUUAUGAAGGCCUCCUAAUGAUAUUGUGUUGUGUUUGUGUAACGAGGAUCUGCUAGGUGUGUAAUUCAAAUUCCAAAUUCAAAUUCCCAAUUCUUUUCAGAACUUUGCAUACCUCACCAAUGCAUUGAGGCAUCAAAAACAUAUCUGAUGAUGAUGAUGAUAAUGUGUGUGCGUGUCAGCAAGGCUGAAUGGUUGUUGAUGUCACAGAAAAUUCCUAUUGUCAUGCAGUAUCUAUUCUUUGAACCCUAUAUCAUUUAAUUUGAACAUGGGAAAUGGGCAGCCAGACAAACUUCAGGAUAACUAACAUGCAUUUCCUCAUUAUCUGUCAUAAUCAGCAUGUGUCAUAUUCCAUAAACACUAUGCAUUGCAUGACAUUGACGUUGCUAUUUAACAUAUGCUUCUAUAUAACAUAUGCUUCUUGCCAGGGUGAUAAGUGUUUCAAUAGGGCCUCUGCAUAUUGAAAUAGAUCAGCUGGAGUCACAGCUAUGUUCAUCUGUUGCCUUCAGGUCAUGAGGCUCUCCACUUAACCCCAGUCCACUUGAUGAAUGGCCACACCCAGACACAUAAACCUCCAGCCCAUGUGAGAGUGACUGUGGGUCUGCUCUGUUCGAGUAUAGAUCUUGGCUAGCGUCGCACUCCUCAGACUCUUGUGUUUUGGUUGGUGACACUGACACUUGAUGUUUCUGAUUGUCUUGAUAGUGUUUUUCCAGGUAGAAAUCAGCCCCUGCUCCCUAGCUAAAAAGCAUGGUUAGAAUCAUUCAGGGAAGAUUAAAUCCCCUCAUAGCUCUCUCUCUCUUCAUUUAUCUCUCUCACUCUCCACCUCAUAGCCCUCUCUCAAUUCAAUUCAAUUCAAGGGGCUUUAUUGGCAUGGGAAACAUAUGUUUACAUUGCCAAAGUAAGUGGACUGGAUGAACAAAAGUGAAAUAAACAAUAAAAAGUGAACAGUAAAUAUAAGGAGAUGAUAGAGCUGGAAGACGAGAUAGAUCGCUCGCUAUCUAUAUUUAUCUCUAUCUAUCUAUUUCAAAUAUCACUCUCAACCCCACCCCUCUUCUUCUCUCUCUUCCUUCUUCUCUCUCUCUCUCUCUCUCUCCUCUCUCUCUCUCUCUCUCUCUCUCUCUCUCUUCUCUCCUCUCUCUCUCUCUCGCCCCAGACUGCUUAUCAGUCACCCUGCCUCUGUGCCCAGCUGUUAUGGGGCAUUUGUGAAAUAUUUAGCAGUCAGGAAUGAGGAAGGCCAUUGUGUAUGCAGGACACACAACACUCACAUUUUGUCAGUCACCUCACAGACUGUUUAAUACAAGAGCUGUCAUACUGACUGGUUUCCUGGGCCGGGACUGUGGGUGAAAAGUGGCUGAUAUGCAUGGGCCUCUGGGUUGUGGGGGCGUGGAAACAUGGCCAUCAUCUUCCAGUUACAGCGCCUGGCUCGAUCUGAAUGGGAGUUCACUCAAUGGCAGAAUGAUAAUCACUUUAUUUGCCAAGUACAUUUACAUACCCUUGAGGUUCCUAUCUUCUGCUAGCCAGAAUAUGACUGAUGUUGAGAGCCUGAAAGUGUCUGGGCACCAUGAGUCAGAGAAAAACCCACUAUAACAUUUGUGCAAGUUUGAGCAACAAAUAUCUCAUCCAGCUCUCUGAUGUCUCCCCUGGUCUGAUCUCAAUCUGGGUUUCUGAAUGAAUGUACAAUAGACACCUCACCUAAGGAAGAAAGGGAGGAUGCUCUGCUCUGAGGACACAUAUACGUACCCUCUAAAAACAGGAGAGAACAGGGAGAACAAACAAACAAACAGGGUGGUGUGAGAAAAGAGAGGACGCCAAUGCGUGACAUUGUUUCCCUGAGGCUUUGUUCUCUAGAUUCUGCCUCUUCUCUCAGGACAACAGAGUUUCAUGUUUAACCACCGCAUGACUCAGUAGUCCUCUACAGCUCUCAUCAUGAGCAGCACAAUCAGAGAUGUGAAUCUCACAUUGUAAUGUCAGAUCACAGAGCAUUGCUCUGUCCCUCUGACAUACACAGUAGAAAUGCACAGUAAGGCUUACUAAGGUUGUCUUCUCUUCAUCUGUUGUAUUGACACACAUAUAGAAUUCUGUAGAAAACUGUAGAACACUAUACUACACACUGUAGUAUCCCUCAAUCAUGUGUAGGACUUACUAUAUAAUGUUGUCGUAUACUGUAGAAUACUGUAGUAAAUACUACAGUUUUACCUGAAGGAAAAAAAACAGUAAUGUCCGCAAAAACAUUAGAGUCCGCAAAAACACAUUUUUUAAACUAUAGUAAAGUACUGUAUUUCAUUUGCAUAUACCCUGCCCAUUCCCCUCCCCCAUAUCCCAAUUUGUGCCACCCAUAAGUGAGAAACCCACAUGCCAAGUAUAGACCAUAUAUUGUGUUCUCUACAGGUUAUAGAACAGAGCAGAAGCUCUGAACUAUCCAUUCAGACCCCCCAGUCCUAA